AAUAUUAGCUUUCGACACAUUCUUAACCAUUUAUCACAAUGGCCUGGCAUGUAUUUCUUGCUGUUUACUAUUUCAUUGGUCUAGCAACAGCAACAUUUGAGGUCCGAACAUCUCAAUCCGGAUAUUAUGAUGUUCAGAUAAAUAAUAAGGAAGUACUGAACAGUGCACAAGCCUACCUGUAUGUUGGUGAUAAAUACUACAGCUCAGAUGAUUUCAACCAUCGAAAUAAUACUUUUAUCAUCACAGACACCAAACGUGAUACUCUAACAGAUCAUAUGGGAACCUGGGAUGUUACCAAGUAUGUUUAUUUCGCUGAAAACACGCCCAUUGAAUUCAGUAUCAGGAAACAUCCGUCACUUCCGGUUGCUAUAUUUUCCCAGAAAUUUGUCGUUGAUAUGACUGUAACAGCUGAUAUAGUUAACAGAACCAUCAGUGGAUUUCCCAAUUUCGAUGUUUCAUUUUUUUCUAAAAAUGGGUAUCUUUCGUUUGGAGGUGAUUGGAGUGGACACGUUCUCGGUAGAGCUGGAAAAUUCGUGGCGAACUCAGCUAAUAUAUUCGAUGGAUUGACAGGAACUGGUCCAAUAUCAGUUUUUGAUGAUUCUGGAAAUGCUAUAGUUUUUUCACCUUUAAAUAACUUCAUGACCGCUUCCUCGUAUUUCUGGCAACAACGUUAUUAUAUGCAGGGUGCUCUUCAUUUUGGUGUUAGCAAUGAUAUUAAGUUUAUUCCUGCUGGUUAUGAACAACAUUUUGUAAUGUACUACAGUCCAGAUGGCGUGAACCAGGCGUUUAUUGAAUGGGGUGAAUUUAUGAGAAACUGGUAUCAGAAACCAUUACCAACAACACCGGAUAUCACCCUGUCAUCACUUGGAUACUGGACCGAUUAUGGUUCAUAUUAUUAUGAUAAUAUGAUGUCAAAUCACACUUAUGAAGAUGUGAUAUCGGACGUGGUGAAGACUGUUUAUCCCGAGAUACCUGUUCAAUAUAUAGAGAUAGAUGAUUGGUGGUAUGAAAGAGAUGAAAAUGGUAUGGUUUCUUUUGCUCCAAACUCUACAGCAUUACCUAGCGGUUUAGGAGCCUUUGAUAAUCAAACUCUAGCAUUGAAAAUAGGAAAAUGGUCGCCAGAAAAUCUAUACGCUAAAGCUGGAAACAUAACAUUUAUUUCUUCUAAUACUACAGCAAUUUCAGUACAAAAGAAAUUUUGGGAUAUGAUAUUUUCCAUGAGUAAAGAUAUGGGAGCUAAGUUAGUUAUAAUGGAUGAUCUUGUGGAACAAAUAUUAGAUGUAGAAGAGUUGAGAAGCAGUGUUACAUUAGCUAGAGAAUGGUUAGUGAAUAUGGGAAAAUCAGCUGAGAACCUAGGUUUAUCUAUACAGUACUCCAGUUCCUGGCCUAACCACGCUUUACAAUCACUAGAAAUACCAGCAGUUACACAGGUGAAAGUGAGUGGAAGAUAUAUGGAAGACAAGGGGAAUUGGAACAUUGGUUCGACGUCCAUUUUAGCCCAUGCUCUUGGCUUAGCUCCUUUCAAAGAUACAUACUGGUCACGAUCUGUGGAAGAUGGUAAUAUUUACAAUAAGACUGAAGCAAACCCCGCUCUUCAAAGUUUGAUAGCUACAUUGAGUACUGGGGUUGUCGGUGAUGGUGAUAGAGUAGAUCUGGUGAACCCACAUAUUGCUGGUCAGUAUUGUUGUCGUGAAGAUGGUGUUAUCUUGAAGCCAGGAAGACCUUUAACAGCUUCAGAUUCACAAAUAUUGAAGAUGGCGCUGAAUUCAUCGGACAUACCAACAGGUGAUUUACUAUCAACACAAACAAUCAUCAGUAAUUUUACAUUUGGUAUCGGUAUACUUACUACAACAGAAGAUAUUGAUCUAAAACCAUCACUUCUUUUUAAUAACAAGUUUCCACAGAAUCAAAGUUUCUGGAUGUGGAGUAAUUCGACAAAAAUUCACCCCUUUACAGAAGACAUGCCUUAUAAAUUAUCCAACUGUACAGCGACAGAACCGUAUUUCUGUUUGAUUUACACCACCCCUUCAAUCUCUCAUAGAGGGUCUGAGGUUCGUCUUAUUGGAGAUGUUGGUAAAUGGGUACCGAUGUCAAAACAAAGGGUAGAGAACAUAACAAUGGUUGCAAAUGGAAUUGAGCUCACUUUGAUGGGAAGUCCCAACCAUAAAGGGAAAUUUCACUAUGUUGUGAAUGGUGAAAGUAGAGUUAUGGAUUAUGUGAUAAGCUCCAAUGGUUUAUCUACCGUAACUUUACCUGUAGAACUAACAACUACUACAGCUGUACCACCCAGUAGUACACAGUCUGUACCCAGAACUACACCUAAUGAUAGUGUUACUAUAUUUAAACCUGCAAUUACCUAUUUUAUACUCAUGACGAGUUUCUUAUUAAUAAAAUUGUUCCAGUAAUUUUU